AUGAAUGUAAAUGCACAUAAUGUCAUUAAAAUUCUUUCAAACUUGGUUUCAACAAAUUUACCUAUUAGCAGAUCAUCAAGAAUCGGUUCUCCUCGAGACGAGGAAGUUGCUAAACAAUUGUUUGAUAAUCUUAUUUCUAUAAUCAAUAGUACUCACUUUUAUGUUGAAAACGAAACUUCUCUUGAUCAUACGUGUGAUUUCGACGAUGAUGAUAGUGAAGAAACCGAUACAGAUCCAACUAUUGCUGAUCAUCUUAUUGGUAUUAUAACAGAACAAAUUGUAUAUAAAAAUCAACAUUUAGCUUUAUUAAGACGUGAAUGUAGUUUAUCAAAUGAAUAUUGUGUUACAACUGGACUUUAUUCUGUUGUUGGUGCAUGUGCAUUUUUAGAUGGAGUUAGUCUAAUCAUUGUUUCUCUUGUUGUUCUUAUGAGUAAAGUUAUUGAUAGUUUAUCUUAUAUUGUUCCCUUGAGAGUUUAUAUAGCAUUAAUAGCAAAAUGGGUAGGAGAUGCAUUCAGUGAAAGAAUUUACGAAGAAAUUAUUAAAUUAAAUGGUUAUUCAUAUUUAGGUAACGAGAAAUUAAAAGAAGAAAUAAAGUUUUAUUUUUCUAUUUAG